AUGGGCUUCCUGACGACCUCCGUGCCCGGCUUCUCGCGCAUCCCACCUGCCAAAGCACGUCGGCUCGUGGUAUCCGCCCUAGAGGGCCGAGGGAACGGCGGUGAAGCGGGAGGUGUAGACGGUGACGUGGUAUUCGAAAAGGUCGGCUGGGGACGAUGGGACGCGCGACGAGACGGAGAUCCCUCCUGCGAGCGCUCCUUCAACGCGUCGUCACCCCCAUCCAGCCUAGCCGGAUCCUUCCAGCAGCGUGGUCUGCAGAUCGAGGGUCACUCGGGGUGGGCGCGAGGACGCGAUCCGUAUGCGAGCAGCGUGCGCGACUCGGUGGCCUUCUCGUACACGGCAGAAGAUAUGGGCUUCGGCGCCCGAGAUCUGGACAUGCUCGAGCAUGAGGCUGACAAGAUGUCUCUUGACGGCGACGAGUACUGCUCUUCUUCUGAGGCGCCGGACGACCUCCAGGAGAACGAUUGGAACGAAGGCGACGUGACCGAUGAAGAAGACUGGGCGCAGAUCGGGGUGGAUGCCCUGCGUGCACGCUCGCUGAACAAUACUGGUGGGAUCAUGAAGAGCAACGUUGCGGCUCGCGCGCAGCCUCUAUUUGGUGUCGGUAACCGCCCCACUGUGGCCAAAUCGGCGCCCCGCACCUUUGACACACAGGAACGCGCUGCGGUAGAGGCGCUUCUUCGCUUGGGCUCUAUGUAA